AAACCCGCCAUUGUAAUCCAAGUCACAACAAGACAAUUCAACCAAAGAAUAUUAUUGUGUGAUUAUAUUUCCUUAAUUCAUAUUUCGUUCUUGGUCCGCCAUCUGAUCGGGUUAAUCCCAUCAUUGGUGCUUCCAUUGAGAGCUUAUUGUGAGAUAAGGCUGUGAGAUUAUGGCCGGACGAAGGACGAGACGUAACCCUCCUACUUCUGCCCAAUCGACGGUUAGGAGUGAUAACCGUGGACAAGGGAUGAUCGUUCCUGUCAAUGGGCUGGAGACGGCAUUAAAUAAUGUGGCUAACACGAUGGCCAACAUUAUGGAACGAUUAGAUAAGGCUCUUCCGGGACCAUCCGGAACCCGAAACGUCCCAGCUGGGCAACCUCGCCAGGUCUUGCAUACGGCAAGCUCUCCUGUCCUCCAGGAGCUCCAUGAUCCGGAGGACGUUGAAAGGGAGAGGCAAGCUGUUAACCGACGCCGGGCAGAGGAGAUGGCUCGGAAUAGCAAGGUGAAUGAAGGCCAGGCCAGGGACCCAAGCCGGAUCUUUGUCGAUGAACGCGAAAACCCGCGGGGAUCUGUCUUCGAAAGGAUAUCUCGCCAGAAAGCUCACGUUAGUGAGAGGCUGGGGAAGAAUCCGGAAAAGGCACCCCAGGGUUGGGUACGACCCCAAGUCAGCCAGGUGGCGUCCUCUAAUCGUGAACCACGGCAGCGAAAUGCUCGUGGUGCGAGCCAAGUGCUGGUUCAGUCCUUACGGAAUCAGGAGGAGGAUGAAGUUCAGAGCCAGGCCAGGGUCCCGGCACCACGGCGUCUAGGACCGCCGGUGCCGGAAGCUGGUGAAUUUCAAGACCUGAGACAGCAGAUCCAGGAGAUGCAGAAGAAGAUAAACAAGGGGCGAACCGUUGAUAGCAAAGUUGCAAACUGGGGCAACCAUAUCCCUACCGGAUCGAUCCGGACCUGGGACGAAUUGGGACUACGAUUCCUAGAGCAUUUUGCCGGGAACUGCCGCCCCAAGAAGCAUUUCACUCACUUGGCCUCGGUACGACAAAAGCACGGGGAGUCCUUGAAGAAUUUUCUUGUCCGAUGGAGGAAAGAGUCCAGGGAGGUUGAAGGAACUGAUGACAAAUCUAGGUUGGCCAUGUUUACGGCGGCACUACAGGAUGGACUCCUUCAUACCGAUCUCACUACUCAUCCCCCGGACACAUUUGAAGAAGCAAUGGUCCGGGCAGGAAGGUAUGUGACCCUGGAAGAAAGAAAGGAGGAGAAAAAAGAGAAGACCCCUAAAGAGGAAGAAAAGAAGGGGAAUAAGAAGCUGUUCAAGAACAAAAAGCAGGGCUUCCCGGAUGGCCCAAAGGGCGCCAGUCCAGGGACCUCGGAGAAGCAUAAAUCUGCCAAUCCAGUCUUCACGUUGCCGGUGGCUGAGGUCAUGGCCCAUGCUGGGCAGCAAGGGCUUAUGACCUACCCAACUUAUUCUCAGAAAGUCUGCAACGUGGAAGAUAUGGGGAAAUGGUGUGCCUACCAUCGCAAGAACGACCACAACACGGAAGAUUGUUACACUUUGAAGAAUGAGAUGGCAAGGCUAAUCCGCCGGGGUCAUCUGAAGAAGUUCGUGCAAGACGGUGACGCCGGAAAUCCCGGGAAUACCCAGAAUGGGAAACGCAGAGAUAAGGAAGUGGCCCAGGCUGAGACCCGGGAGAAACGCCACAUCGGGCUGGAUGAUGAAGAGGAAGAUUCGGAACCCGCACCGCAUCGCCAAAAGAGGCACCACGGGUGUAGCUUUAUCAUUGGAGGAAAUACUGGCGGAGACUCGGCCACAAGCCGGAAGAAAUGGGCGAAUGCGGCAAUGGUCAACAAGGUGUUGGUUCCGGAAGCUCUCGGUCUGACAAGGGAUGAGUUAUCACCCAUCAAGACUCCACUGACCGGGUUCACUGGUGAUUCUAUUGAACCGGAGGGGGUGAUAACCCUCCCGGUUGAGAUAGGAGAUACUAAAGCAACCCGGAAGCUGGACAUGGAGUUUGUUGUAGUGGGAAUAAUUUCCAACACGAACAUUAUCUUAGGAAGACCCGGGUUGGAAGAUUUGGAAUGUGUUAUCUCACCACGUCACCUGCGCAUCAAAUUCCCAACCCCCCACGGAGUUGGAAUUGCCAGAGGAUCACAGAGAGUUUCCCGGGCGUGGUACUUGAAGGCAACCAAACAGCCAGUCAAGUACGAUUCCCAGGUGGGAGAAGUGACCGCGCAACUCCUCAGGGCCGAGGAGAAACGUCCUAGAGUGGAAGUUGCCGGUGACAUUGAAGAAGUAGAGUUAGAACCAGGUACGCCGGGGAAAUUGGUUAGAAUUGGUAAAGGCCUGGGGGCUGAACUCAGAUCACGGGUGAUUUCAGUCCUCAGGAGGUUCAGAAAGGUCUUUGCAUGGAGUCCAGCUGAUAUGCCCGGGCUGGAUUACAAGGUUGCAGUUCACCGCUUGAAUGUUCUGCCGGAUGCCAAACCGGUGAAGCAGAAGCGGAGACAUCUAUCACAUGAACGGAGAGACUUUGUGAAGAAGGAGGCCCACCGGAUUGUUGUGCUUACUAAUGAGCCUUUGGCAUCACUCACCCGAAGCCCGGCGGCGUCGGCCCGAAUGACAAAAUGGGCAGUAUUCAUCAGUCAGUAUAACGUGGAGUUCAGGCCGCGUCCAUCCAUCAAGGGACAAGCACUCGCUGACUUCCAAGUUGAAUGCACUGCCAGAGAAGUGACCAGAAAUCAGACUGAAAUUCGAGCGGAGAAGGACUGGUGGAUAAUGAGCAUUGAUGGAUCUACUGGGUCCCGAUCUUGCGGAGCAGGUAUCGUCUUGAUCACCCCAGAAAAUUUCCGGCUUUAUUACGCAAUCAGGUUCCGGUUCCGUGUAUCCAAUAACGAGGCUGAGUAUGAGGCCCUGAUCAAUGGGUUGAAAAUUCUUGGCAAGAUAGGGGUGUCCAAGGUCCAGGUUUACACUGACUCCCGACUGGUGGUGGGACAGAUCACAGGGGAGUUUGAAGCUAAAGAGGAAAGGAUGAAGAAAUACCGAGACUUGGCCUUAGAGAUGCUGGGGAGGUUUGAAUUUAAACUUGAACAUAUUCCCCGGGCCCAAAAUGCUGAGGCUGAUGUCCUCUCCAAGCUCAGCGCGGAGUCGCCGGAAUACAUAAGCAGGAUAGCAACCGUCGAAGAGCUGGUUACCCCGAGUCUUAACAACAAUGAGGUGAUCUGGGUAUCGGCAGAUCCCCCGGAAUGGCUGGACCGAUUGGCCAAAUAUAUUGAAGACGGUGAGACCCCAGAAGAUCCCCAAGAAGCGCGUCUGUUACGGAUGAGGGCACCAACUUAUAAGGGGUACUUCUGGCCAACGAUGAGGAAGGAUUGUGAAGAAUAUGUACGCAAGUGUCCGACCUGCCAGGAGUUCCAGAAUAUACCCGGGAGGCCAGCAACGGAUUACACACCCAUCAGUUCUGUGAUCCCCUUCUCAAGAUGGGGAAUCGAUAUUGUGGGGGCCCUGCCAAAAGGGGCGGGGCAGGCAAGGUGGAUCGUGGUCGCGAUAGACUAUUUCACGAAGUGGGUUGAGGCUGAACCACUUGCCGGGAUCACCGGGAGGCAAAUGAUCGACUUCGUUGGGACUAACAUACUCUGUCGGUUUGGAGUCCUGAAGCAGAUUAUAUCAGACAAUGGAACCCAGUUUGAGGAAGCAGAGUUCCAGAACUUCCUCAAAACCUGGGGAAUUCAGCACACGAAGGUGUCUGUUGCGAGAGCCACGGGUGACACUCCUUUUGGCCUGGCUUAUGGCUUUGAAGCCCGGGCUCCUGCAGAAGUAGUAAUCCCCACCAGAAGGGAAAAGGAAUAUGACCCGGAAGUGAACGAGCAGAAUCAGGCCGUAGAGCUGAACUUCGUGGAAGAACGAAGGAAUGAGGCACGCAUCCAGGCAGAAAAUUAUCGUCGCCAGGUGAAAUCCUACUUUGAUAGCAAGGUGAAACCAAGGGCAUUCCAGGUGGGGGAUUAUGUUCUGAGAAAGCGAGAGAAGAGUCAACCAACUAAGGGUGGGAAACUGGCUAAAAAGUAUGAAGGACCUUAUAUUAUCAAGGCCGUUGUUCGCCCAGGACGGGGGGCUGCUCCCUUCGUGGGGAAAUCAUUCUCGGAAAGCUUGAGCAGGUUUGGAGGAGCAGUUCGGCUUUCACAUGAAGGUUCCGCCUCAACAGUUCGCAGAGAACGUUCAAGUUUCUUCCUACACAUCCUCUGGUACAGGGCAAAGUCUUGGAGGGUCAUAGAGUCCCAGUCUAUCUCCCCGGAGCGAAGCCGGGGUGGACUUGGAGGGGAUGGAGCCGGAAGUCCCCCCAUUCCUCAGGCUGCUGUCCAUAGGACUGCUGAGGGGAGGGAGAACCCUGGGAGGGAGGCCUCGCACCAGAGACCAGCCGGGAAGCUCCUGAAUGGGGAUUGCGUCUCUUCUGUGGGCGAGAAGUGCCAGGACACCCAGAAGAAACUCCAGCCCUGGCACUGGGAGGUUACCGAUUGUUCAGAGGCAAGAGAAGGCCCAGAGGAGAGCUCAGGUGUUGGGGACCCAAGUGAAGGGAACGCCAACGAGGAAGAAUCAGAAGAAGAAUCAGAAAUAGCGAACAAUCCCAAAGGGGAAGCGCAAGGGACGCGGAGUCAAAGCGCUUAUCCGAUUGGGAGGCAAUUGCGGAUUCCCGAGGAGCGCUAGGGUUCCACUGCCUGGACGUUGGGCUAAGGCGAGUUG